AUGCCGCCCAAACGCCCCGCACCCACGCCCGAGCGCCCCAGCGCCACCGUCUUCCGCCAGUCGGCUGCCAAGCGGGCGCGUGGCGGCAGCAGCAGCGCCGCCGCCGCCGCCGCCGCCGCCAGCAGCAGUGCCGCGCCGGCAGCCAAGGCGUCGCCUGCACGAGCACGUCCGGCCGCACCCACCGUCGCUGCCGGCAAGGCCAAGGCCAGCAACGGCCGCGCAGAGGCCAAGCCGAAGCCGCAGGGCAAGCCGCAGGGCAAGCCGCAGCACGCCCAGCGUGCCGCCGCAGCACCGGCGGCAAAGGCGCCCGCCCCGAGCAAGGCGGCCGCGCCGCGGCCUGCUGCGCCGCCCAAGCCGGCGCCCGCUGCGACCCCGCUGCCGCCUCGCCGCCCGGCCGCCGCCUUCCGCAUCCUCGCCGGCUCGUACGAGCGGCAUCUCUACGGCCUCGCCGUGACGGCAGCACCGGGCGCGACGGCAGGGCAGCUCUCGCUCGUCCUCACGCCACAAUUCGCGUUCCCCGCCCACCCGAGCGCCAUCACGGCCGUCGCCGCCGCCGAGGACGCAAAGUGGGGCGCGAGCGGCGCGUCGGAGGACGUGGUCAAGGUGUGGGACCUGCGCAAGCGCAAGGAGGUCGGCGUGCUGCAGGGCCACACGGGCACCAUCACGGCGCUCGUCUUCCCGCUGCGCACCUAUCUGCUCUCGGCGUCGUCGUCGGGCGAGCUGAACCUCUACCGCACGCGCGACUGGUCGCUGCUGCGCACGCUGCGCGGCCACACGGGGCCCAUCCGCGCCAUUGCGCCGCACCCGGGCGCGCGCCUGGCGCUGACGCUCGGCACGGAUGCGCACCUGCGCGCCUGGGACCUGAUGCGUGCCCGCGCCGCCGGCUCGACGCGCCUGCCGCUGAGCCGCACGGAGAUGCCCGAAGAUGUGCGCUGGGCGCACGACGGCCGCUCCUUCGUCGUGCUGGCACGCGGCGCCGUGCUGCUCUACGACGCCGCCAUGCAGCUCAAGGCCGAGCUGCGCACGCCGCGCGAGCGGCCGAGGGAGCGCGCGACGUGCGUGUGCUUUGCGCGCGGCCGCAGCGACGCCGAGCCGGCGCUGCUGCUCGCCGGCACCGAGGACGGCGUGGUGCGCGUGUAUGCGCUGCCGGAGGGCGAGGGCGAGCUGCGCGAGGUGGGCAAGUGUGUGGGGCACGCCAACCGGGUAAAGGCGAUCACGACGCAGUCCUUCUCCCUGCCGCAAGGUGGCUCGACGGAGCUGUGCAUCAGCAUCAGCACCGAUGGCAAAAUCCGCGUCUUCGACCUGGCCACGUUCCUCGGCGCGACGGGCGAUGUCGCAGAGGUCUCUGCGUGCGCGUCCCACGACACACGCGGUGCCCGUCUCAUGUGCCUGGCAGCCGUCUCGGGCGACGCGUCAGGGCAGAGCGCCGAGCAGGGCGCCGACGAGGAGGUGCUGGCGAGCUCAGACGGCGAGGAGAGCGUCGGCGGCGACGAGAGCGACGUGCAGAGCGACGACGACGACGAGCUGGACCUCGACGUCACACUCGAUCCGGCCGAGGAGGCGGAGCUGCGCGAGCUCAUCGAGCAGGUGCGCGCGGCGCGGCGCAAGGGCGUGCGCGUCGAGGGCAUGAGCGAUGAAGAGGAGGACAGCGACGAGGACGGCAGCGAGCUGGAGGAGGAGGACGAGGAGGAGUCCGAGGGCGAGGCGGAGUAAUGACAAGCCUGUCACACAGACAUCGC